CUGUAUGCAUUCACCCCUGGGCCAACCCUUGUACCCAUUACCAAGAAAACCUGGAAAACCAAUCAUCUUCUUCAUUUAUGAUGUAAUGAUACACGAAGCCCAGGAGUCCCUGCAGGCAUACACACGCAGAUGCACACAGCUCGACCGAAAGACCAAAUAGAAAAGUCGAUCUGAAAUAGAUUUUGGCUUGAAACGUCGCGCGGGUUAGCAAAGCGCUUUCUCUUGCCUGCUGGUCACAUUGUACUUUUCUGGCGCUUUAAAUUAUAUUGAGGGUUGCAGGCUUCAGGAAUUAGGUGAUGUAAUUUACUAACCUGAUUCUCACUGAUGGAUCUAAAUAACGACAAGGUAAUGCUUUCGUGAUGAUCCCUGAUCUGAAGAAAACAGGCGCGCUCUAAUGCUUCCCCGUACGGCAUUCUAGGAAAAAUACACGCUAUAGCUCUUUUCUGUACUCUUUCUAACUCUGAUUGUAAGUACUGAGGCAAAAAAAAAAUGGAACAAGGGACAAGCGUAGUCCAGGGAAGAUCUAAUACAAGCGCAGUAAGUACGCAACAAGAUCUUUGGCUGGAACGCGCGCGCGUUUUAGCUGCACAAGGAAGUAAAUUUUCCUAGCUGCCUUCUUACUUACACUAUCUACAUGAUCGUUCCAUGUUAGUGUGUUGUUGAUUGUAAGGCCGAGAAGCUUAGUAGAAGUCGUUUCCUGGAUCUGUUUCCCGUCUUCUGUGACUGGGUCAUACUCUUCCGGGGAGCGACGAAAACUAAUGGUAAGCUCUUUAGUUUUGUCGAGGUUAAGUUGGAAAAGGUUUUCCGCUGACCAGUUCGAAACGUGGUCCACUGCUUCUCGUGCUCUACUCUGCUGCCCCUUUAGUACUUAAGCUAUGAAGUACCGUUGUUUUGACCACGACCGUUCCCUCACCGUGUCAUUGAGACGAAUAAUCUCCACAGAAACAUUGCGAAACUUUCUGUCAUCUCCAUAUUCCGAUCCGAUCCGUUUCAAUCCGGUCCUGUCCGAUCCCGGUUUUGUCAACGCCGGCUUGUAUACAAGGAACAAAUGUGAAGUUUAUAAUAGGAUCCAAGAAUUGGAAAGGACUUGUUUUAGCUGUGAGUUUGAUCUCUUGAAUUCUUAGCAUAGUUAUGCUUUAAUCAAUUGAUGCACAAUUAUGAUAUACCAUUCAAGUCGACUGACAAGACGAAGUUACAACUGUGUGAGAACCCAAGUCGAUUGACAAGGAGUUACAAACCGAUUGGUUUUAUGCGGAGAAUUAAAAGGAAAAUAUUUUUCAAUCGGACGAACUGGUGAGGUAGAAUGAAAUCGGUAUUUGACCGGUCCCUCACGCUUGACUAACCACUGGGCUCCCUGUGGAUUGUUGCAUUUACAGGUAUUUACAGGUUGUUGUUUGUUGAUGGUCUAGAAAAAUAAAACAAAUCUUUGGAUCGUUUACAAUUACUCCAGAUUAAGAAACAAAAGAAGUAUGCGAUAGGCAUUUACAUUGAAGUAUUUUAUUACUUUUGAAGAUGAAAUUUUCACAAAAUACUUUGCAAAUUAUAUUGCCUUUAAAAAAUCAAUUAUAAAACGGUGGUUACUAUUAAUUUAUUGUUUUUGUUCUUUGUUCUCAUUAUCAAUAGCCAAAUGAUCCGCAUUUGUAAACUCAAAUCCAGUUUUAUCGAUCCUAAGAUAUUUUUAGUGAUGUUUCUGCUGAUCUCAAUAAGAUUACUUCUAAAAAUAAAUCACCCAAAACAACAAACAAUAUGGCGACUUUUUCAGGCAAGAAAACGGCCCCAAAUGCUCAAAGAAAACUCUAUUUAGACUCCAUCGAGGAAAAAGAAGAAACGAGUUGCUGUUGGAGUGAGAAUUGUUGCUGCUGUUGUUGCACUAUUUGCGGUUUCAGGCGCUCGACCGUCACACGAAUAAACUACACUGUCUUCCUUUUAUUAUGGACAAUGCUGUGCGUUGUACUGAUGUUGCCCAGCAUUUCAAAGCGCCUAGCCCAUAUCCACGGUAUAUGUACAGAGGUUUUUCAGGUAGAAUCUUGCGAUGCAUUUCUGGGCUAUUCGGCAGUGUACAGGGUUUGUUUUGCAAUGGCGAUGUUUUAUUUUCUUAUGGCAUUUGUGCUUAUUGGCGUACGAAAUGAAGAGGACGUAAGAGCAAAAUUUCAUAACGGAUUCUGGUACAUAAAAAUACUUCUCCUACUCGGUUUGACAGCAGGCAGUUUUUUCAUCCCUCGGCAUGGUCAGUUUCAUGCGUUCUGGAUGUACAUCGGUCUAGCCGGGGGCUUUCUUUUCAUUCUUAUCCAACUCUUGCUGUUAAUUGACUUUGCGCAUUGCUGGAACGAAUCUUGGGUCGAGAAAACAGAGACUUCAGAGACCAAGUGUGGUUCGAGAGCGUGGUAUAUUGCACUUCUGGCAGCGACUAUCCUCUUGUACGCGCUCUCUUUGGCAGCAGUGAUCAGCUUCUACUCGCUAUUUGCAAGAGAUUCCAGCUGUAAGACGAAUCUGUUCUUUGUAACUUUUCAUCUCUGUCAUUGCGUAGUCGCAUCGGUUAUAUCAGUGCUGCCAGCCGUGCAGAAAGCGCAAUCGGGAACAGGUCUUUUAAAGGCAGCCGUAGUGACGUCAUACAGCAUGCUGCUCACGUGGUCGGCCUUGUCCCAUGAGCCAGAUGACACGUGCAACCCACGUUCCACCCUUCUAUCAGGCUAUGAUGAGCUUACGGGCUUGAGCCUGCAGGCUGUGUUCAGUGGUAUCUUGAUGUUUGUCAUGCUCAUCUACGCCAGUUUCUCGACUGCGAUGACGGCUUCAAAACUGAGUAAAUGGUCUCCGAGCCAGCACGAUAAGCUCAGUGCUACUUCCGAUGAGUACAAUUACUCGUUCUUCCAUUUCGUGCUGUUCCUAGCAUCGCUGCACAUUAUGAUGACGCUGACUAACUGGUACAGUCCAAAUGAAGGAAACUCGAGUCUGCUCCGUCUUUCUCGAUCCUGGCCAGCGGUCUGGAUCAAGAUGGGUUCCAGUAGCGCAUGCGUGUGGCUAUACAUUUGGACUUUGAUCGCGCCAGUGCUUACACCGCUGUUCGAACAGUACGCAGACGAGUUGAAGGGCGAUGACGUAAUGAUGAAUGACGCCAGGGAGUCCGAGUUCAAAAAGGAACACAAAUAUUAUAAGGAGAACAUCGAGAAGUUCUCACCGGAAAAGCGACAUAAAAACUUGAAGGGCAAUGAGAAGGUUGAAGCUAAAAACAAGCACACCCAGAAAGAGAAUGAACUGAACAAAAAUAAUAAAAAGGAAAAGACCAACGCUGCUGAGGGCGUUGACGACAACAAGAAAGAAAACAGGGUCACGCAACCUUCCGUCACAAAUCAUGUCACACAAUCAAACGUUACUAGAAAAGGAGAAAGUAAAAAGUCGCCAAAGUCAUUCACGCCCCCUUGCGUGACAGGAACAGAGGCGGUAAAUGUAACACACGGAAGCAUGUCACGCAGGAACUCAUCACGCAUUGCUACGCCUGUCACGCCCGUCACGCCGGUAGAUAAAGAGAUGUUCAGACUGGAGGGAAAAGUCAUGAGACUGCAAGAAAAGAUAGCUAAACUUCAAACAAAAGUCGCUUCUCUGCAAGGGUUAAACAUCUGAAACACAUAGUACUUGUAGUAGCUUCUAGUAACGCAACCGUUGAUAUCGCUAACCGGAAGUAACGCAAUCUGUCAGAAGGCUUUAGACCAAAGUGGCCUCAGCGUAAGACAAAGUGGCUUCUUCACAGGGGUCAACGAGUGCUAGAUAGUAAAUCCUUUUUGUUAUUGUUUUCAAUCAACAUUGUGAGACAAAUUAUGUAAAGAAAUCUCGUUAUUUAACAGCUAAAGCAGAGGUUUUUUUAUACUUAUUUUACCAAACCAAAUAAAUAAAAUAUUAUAUAAGCAGCCGAUAGAAAUUGAUGAUCACGCUUGAUAUUUUGUAAGGAUAACAGAACGACGGCGGACAGCUAAUCUUGAAACAUAUGAGAUAGUACGUUUGUAAAGGAACACUGUUUGCCGGAAGUAACUCAAUCUUUCUAUCAUCUCACUAGGAGACAGAAAUCAUUUGACUUUUUGGGUGGCUUACUCGCACGUUUUCCAUUCAAAUAACAAAAAUAAAAACAAGACUUAUUUAGCACUUACGAAGCAGCCAGGAAGUUUCUUUGACAGAAAGGACUUAUUUUCAUUAAACGGACGAUUUUUCAUCAAUCUCUGGUAAGACGAGCGCAGCCAUUUUUGUGUUUAUUUUGGCUUGAAUUUCCCAUUCUUAUUGCAUAUGUAAGUAAAGUUUUCAAUAUGGCAUCA